UGAAUUGGCCUUGCUGUAAACAAAAGAAUAUUGCAAAAGAAAAACAAUCAGUUUGUGUAAAUUUCAUAAAAUAAACAAAAUUAAGUAGAAAAUGGUUGUAAGUAAUGAUGAGCCUACAACUCCCGUUGAAUAUGCACCCGAAGAAUUAGAACCAGCUCCUGGUGAAGAGCUCGGAGAACUUUUGCAACACUUGGAAGACUAUACGCCAACGGUGCCCGAUGCUUUGGCUGAAAAAUAUCUACACAGUGCUGGUUUUGAGGCCGUAGAUCCUCGUAUUGUGCGCAUCAUAUCGGUAACGGCACAAAAAUUUAUAUCCGACAUUGCAAAUGAUGCUUUGCAACACUGCAAGACCAGAAGCAAUAGCCAACAUUCUGGCAGUCACGGUUCAAACAAGGAUAAGAAAACAAAUAAAGAUCGUAAAUACACUUUGGCUAUUGAAGAUUUGACACCAGCUUUGGCUGAUCAUGGCAUAACUAUGAGAAAACCACAAUAUUUUGUUUAAAUUGUGAUUUGUUUUUCAUAAAUGUUAAAAUACAUACAUACAUACGUACAUACAUACAAUAUAAACUUGAUAUUUUGUUUAAUCAUUAUAA